UUCUUAUGUUCUUAUGUUCUUAUGAAUCUUCAGUAUUGUGAUGAGAUUCGUGGAUUCGAAAGUAGUUUGAAAGGAACAGUCAUAACUAACCUAGCAGGGACUAAGUUACAGGAGUGAAAAUGACUUUGGUACAUCGCAGAUAGGUCUAUGAAGUCACAAAACCUACGAAAAGAUACAAAAGAAAUAUCAAUGCUACAUAGAGCCCCUGUGUAACGGUUAUAAAACUAAUUAGAUAUGUUUUAUUUUUUUGGCAGCUACUAAACAGAAUCCAGAGUGAAGAUGGAAUCUGUCCUAAUUAAAGAGGAGUUCCCUGAACUUGUCCCCUUUACAGUGGACUUCUCUGGGCUGGCUUCCCUCCCAAUUAAACAGGAGCUCUGUGAGGUGCGGUGUGACAGCAGUCAGCCAGAGGACUCUGAGAUUAAAGCUGAGCACAAUGAAUUGGAGAUCCCCCAGACAGAAGAACCCCUUCCUGUUAAACAAGAAGAGGGCCUGGAAAUUAAACAAGAGUGUCUGACAGUAGAGUUUGACCACAUGGAACCAGGGAAGCAAGAAUUUGAGGACUUGAAAGCAAACAUCCCUGAGCUGGAGCCUGUACGCCUGCGGGAGUGUAGCGUGGUGCUGGAGAGAAUCUGCUUGAGAGAGCAAGGCACUCGAAAGGAAGAAGGGCAGUCAUAUUCAGAAUGCAGUCUGGCAGGUUCAAGUCGAGCAGCUAAAGUGAAGGCUGGCAGUAGAGAAUAUCCUGACUGUGGGAAAGGUUUCACCCAGUUAGGGCAUUUUAAAAAACACAAGCCAAUUCACACAGGAGUGAAACCGUAUCUCUGCUCCGACUGUGGGAAGUGUUUCAGUCAAUCGGGAAACCUGAAAUCACACCAGCGAAUUCACACUGGAGAGAAACCGUAUCACUGCUCUGACUGUGGAAGGAGUUUCAGUCAUUCAGGAGCCCUGAAGCAACACCAGCAAGUUCACACAGGAGAGAAACCGUAUCACUGCAUUCACUGUGGGAAGAUUUUUAGGAGGGUAGACACCCUGAAAAUACACCAGAGAAUUCACACAGGAGAGAAACCAUAUCGCUGCUCUGACUGUGGGAAGAGUUUCAGUCAGUCGGCACACCUUGAAGCACACCAGCGAAUUCACACAGGAGAGAAACCGUAUCGCUGCUCUGACUGUGGAAACAGUUUUAGAAACCGAGGAGUCCUGAAAGCACAUCUGCGAAUUCACACAGGACAGAAACCAUAUUGCUGCACUGACUGUGGCAAGAGUUUCCGUGUUAAGCAGAGCCUUCAGACACACCAGAGAAUUCACAGAGGAGAAACACCCUAUCGCUGUAGUGAAUGUGGGAAAGGUUUCAAGCAGUUAGGAGUUCUUAAAUCCCAUCAACGAAUUCACACAGGUGACAAGCCCUGCCGUUGUACUGAAUGUGGGAAGAGUUUUAGCCGAGCAUCUGCGCUAAAAACUCACCAAAAGACUCACACAGCAGAGAAGCCGUACCAUUGCACUGAAUGUGGGAAGAGUUUCCGUCGAUCAGAUACUUUUAAAUAUCACCAGCGAAUUCACACAGGGGAGAAACCUUACCAAUGUACCGAAUGUGGAAAGAAAUUUCGUGAAGCGGCAACACUUCGAGCCCACCAGAGGGUUCACACAGGAGAGAAACCGUACUACUGUAGUGAUUGUGGGGCAAGUUUCCAUGAGGCAGCAUCGCUUAAAUCUCACCAAAGGAUUCACACAGGCGAGAGACCUUAUCCCUGCUUGCAAUGUGGAAAGACUUUCAGGCACUCGAGUGCCCUCAAAAAUCAUCAGCGAAUUCACACAGGGGAAACACCCUAUCACUGCAAUAAGUGUGGGAAGAAUUUUAGCCAGUUAAAGACACUGAAAUCACACCAGCGGAUUCACAAAGAAGAUUGAAAGAGUAAAGGGGCGUUCAUAUGCAGCCACCUCCAUUGCCUUGUGUUGCUGCUGACCUCUGUUCACACUGAAGGGGGAAAAUUGUCAGGUGGUCUGUUGCGAUGUCACACCUGGAUGUAUCACAUGCAGGCUGCACAGAUGCCAGAAAGGAGGAAUAUUAGUUUGUUGUUGUGAAUUACUCUAGUAACCUGUACUCUGUAAUUACAUAUAUUAGAAAACAUUUUUUUUUUUACUAUUUACUAACAGUUUUUCUGUUGUCAUUAACAUUUUACAAUUGUGUAGCAACUGUCUUCGGCUCUUAACACUAGAACACUAAACCAUUUUAGCAAUUAAAAUUUCUCUGCGUUUGUGAAUUGUCCGUUCUUAAGUGUUACAAAAUAUUUGAAUUAAAUAACCAUACUGUGUUUCAGCUGCAGAAUCGUAAAAAAUGUUAUAAGCACAUACUCCUUAAAACACCAGAGCAGCUUUUCUGCACAGAUCAAUGACCAUCAGGAUUGAUGCAACAGUCUCUGGCAUUCAUUUAGCAUUUUACAGCGCAGCGUUUUAUGGUGUGGAUGUACUUGAUCAAAUGCCACGGCAGUAUUCUGUCGAAGGUGGUUGUCGCAGGUGGCCUGUAGCUGUUUUGUUAUAAUGUUUUGAACCUGGCUUUUGUUUAGUACAAGGAGUGCACCAGGAACACAAUCUCCCGGAGAGGGACUUCAUUUUCAAGAAAAGACAAUGCCAGGUUGCUAAAUGCAACAGAAACAAAACUUUGGAUGUCUGUGCCCGUUGUGAAAAGGCAGUCUGUGGUACAUGCGCUGGUAGAGUUGAAAAGUGUGUGUUCUUCUGUGUGGAUUGUACUAAUUAGACAGCUGUAAUAGAUGUACCUUUGAACUCUGUUUCCCUCAAAGCACAUUCA